AUGUUAUCCCUAUUUGGUUUUUUGUUAUAGACGCAACAAUGGCGCUGAAAAUGAAAAUAACAUCAAUGAUGCAUUAAUGUGUUGGAGUUCAUAAGAAACACAGCAUGUUCGAGCUUCCAGAUGACGAUGAUAAUUUCUGGGAGGAUUUACCGCUAGAUGAUAUAACAAACAGCAAGUCACCCAAACUAAAAAACUCCAAUCAAAAUGUUCCUCCCCAAUGUGAUCUCCGGGACAAAGGAACAUGCCAUUCUGGUGGACCAUCUUUCCCGAAGUGUGAUCAAAUUACACAGGCAAAAGACAGAGAAGACGGAUUGUCUGCAGGAAGUUGUGGUUAUCAACAAGGUCAAGGUCUUCACAGUACCACCAAUCUGUUAAAAUCGAGCAAUAUCAACAUGACAGUGGUUAAUACCUUUAGCACUAGUGUUGAAAAUAUCACAAAGAACACUUUCCACCUCCCACCUGUGGACACUUCUAACCAUAAUUUAAUGUACAGAGAUAAAGUGCGGAAAACAGAUGGAACAGAUAAAAGGGAGAUGAAGGCAGGGAAAAGAUUGUCUUCAGAAUCACUUCCAGAUUCUUCCAAAAGGAUAUGUUUAUUUGAAGGACCAGGCAUAGACCAAUCCUCAGAGAGAUCAGGGAGUGAAACAAGCAUCCUUCAGGUACCACAAGAGAGAAUCACAAACCUACAGACACCUGAUACAUACAGCUGGAAGCAGGUGACCCAUGGAGACUCUGGUGGCGUAAACCAACUGGUCAGUACUGGUCAUCCAACUUAUCAGGUGGUCGCCUCGGCUAGACGACAGACCCCAGGUGUGACCAAAGAUGUGAACACAACUCCAGUUGUCAAAAAAGCCAAAAGAAAAUUCCCUGGACCCGCUGGUCUUCUCCCAAAACUGUCUGGAAAUCCAGAGGGCAUUAAGGAGGCUGUUACACAUUCACUGAAAACUUCCCCAGAACAGAUUCCACUAGAGAAAGAGGGUAUGAUUCUGUCCUCACAGUCAACAGAUGACAUUUUCAAUGAUGACCCGUGGAGGACGUUAAUGGAGGAGCUUGGAUGCGAUGGACAACAGCUCCUCGGCAACUUCUCUAUAGCCAACAAUCUGAUGAAGGCCAGAAAGAAGCAGCUACACAGAGGAAAGGUUCCCUUGUUGAUGUGUGUUAUAGACAGCAUAGAAUGGCAUGGUGCUGAUCUGAGUGUGUCACUCAAAGACCGCUCAGGUGACGUGCAGGGAACAGUACACAGAGACAUAGUGAGGGAAUACGAGUCCGAAUUCCAGGUGGGAUCUGCCCUGGUUCUCAGACAGAUCAGUGUGAUUAGUCCCAAUCCUAGGAACCAUUACCUGAACAUAACCCCUGCCAACAUUGUUUUUAUAUACAGCAAGAAUGGGGAUUCGUGUAAACAAAUAAACACCAGGGACACUCGCUUGUCCACCGUGUUACAGGAGGUACAGAGGGAGGAAUGUAGGGAAAGACAUCAGAUAAAUCCGUCAGGAGCACUGAACACACCCAACAGAAACUUCACACAAGCCCAGCGAUUUCAGAACAGGACUCCUCAGUUUGGUGGAAAUUCAUCCACUCCUAGCAAUCCUAGAAUGAACAGAACCCCACAGUUAGGAAUGUCAUCCACUCCAAGAAACUCGCAAUUAAACAGGACUUCACAAUUUGGAGGGUCAUCGAGUCUCGGCACUCCACAGAUUCAAAAUAGGACUCCACAUUUCAGUGGAAGACCACGGAUGUCUGGUGUAACACCACGGAUGUCUUGUGGAAGACCACGGAUGUCUGGUGUAAGAACACCACUGAAUGAAUAUAAUCCAGGAAAUUGGGAAAUAGAUGUUCCACAACAGACACAAAAUGUAAGGACACAAGGGGCACCUGCAGUGCACCAGACAGCUGACAGAACUCCAUUCUGUCAAACACCAAGCAAGAAUGUACACAGUACUCUCAGAACACCAGCAAGUGUGAGUACCUGUACAUCAGUGCCCCCUAAAGCUCCUCAUUCACAACCCGAAGUUUAUACGAAGAAUCAGAGAAGUGGAUCCUCAUGUUAUAGUCAGACAAAUCUUAAUCCACCAAGUACUGGUGAUGGUUGUCAUAAUGUGCCAGUUCUUAAUCAGACAUCAAACGUGAACAAAUCCUCAUCGUGUGAUCAAAAGGAAAGAUUUCAAAAUAAUGAUGACCUGAUUUCUAAUCAACAGUCCACUCCAGGUCGAAGGUCAUUUAAAUUUAAACCAUCUAAAACCCAAGGUCAAACAUUAUCAUCCAAUAGUGUCAUAUUAAAUUCAACAAGUUCUUCAAGUGCACGCAGUCAUUCUCACCACACUAGUGUUAAUCAGAACUCGGACAACAUCACUUCCAUUUCCAAUCGGGGUGAUAAACCAAAGUUUGAUGUGGACUCUCUGUGGGGUGAAGAUUUGAGUGAUGACAUGCUUUCACAGUUGUCAGAAGAAUUUUAGGUUGUUACAGUAUUGAAAUAAAAGCUUUAAAAUCAAA